AUGUCUUCGAAAACUGAUGGUAAAGGGACAGAAAUACCAGAAGGAUUAUAUGAUUCGUCAGCCGGCAAAACAUAUAAACGCAUGACAUUUUUCGGCAAGGGUUCAUUUGCAGAAUGUUAUGAAAUUGUAGAUGUGGCGACAAAUGAAGUGUAUGCUGGUAAAAUUGUUUCAAAGAAGCUCUUAAUGAAACAUAAGCAAAAAGAGAGAAUGGUCCAGGAAAUUACUAUACACAGUUCUGUAAGUCAUCCUAACAUUAUUAAAUAUCACGGUUUCUUCGAAGACAAUUACAACAUUUAUAUCGUUUUGGAACUGUGCAAGAAAAGAUCUAUGAUGGAAUUACACAAACGUCGGAAAACCAUAACUGAAUAUGAAUGUCGUUAUUAUAUAUAUCAAAUCAUUCAGGGUGUUAAAUACUUGCACGAUAACCGCAUAAUACAUCGCGAUUUGAAAUUACGUAAUCUCCUUCUAAACGACAUGCUCCACGUGAAGAUUGGUGAUUUUGGUUUGGCCACGCGUAUUGAAUAUGAGGGCGAACGGAAGCAAACUUUAUGCGGUACUCCAAAUUAUAUAGCACCGGAAAUUUUGACUAAAAAAGGACACUCGUAUGAAGUGGAUAUCUGGUCUAUCGGGUGCGUUAUGUACACCCUAUUAGUGGGUCAACCUCCGUUUGAAACUAAAACGCUUAAUGAUACCUACUUGAAAAUUAAAAAAUGUGAUUACCGAGUACCCAGUCAUCUAUGUAAAUCAGCUGCCGACAUGGUAGUGUCAAUGCUGCAAUUAAAUCCCAGCCAUCGGCCUACAAUUGACCAGUUGCUACAUUCAGAAUUUUUAACUAUUUCGCCGGUUCCAACGUUUUUGCCUACUUCAUGUCUGACUAUGGCCCCACGUCUCGAAAUUAAGGACACUUUAGAACAUGAGGCGACUAAUCAAAUAAAUCCUCUAAUUGAAGUGAACGGUGUACGAUGCGAUGAUACACGAUUGGAGUCGACUUUUCUUAAAAACAACUUGCACGAUGCCAUCACUGCAUCGGCGCAGGUUUAUCAGCAUAAUCAGGAUUAUCGCAGUGACAUGGAAUGCUUGUGUCAACAAUUAACAAAGAUCACUGAAGCCAAACCUCGCAUGUUAGCCGGAAAUUUAACUGAUCAGAAUACGGACCCUGCUGCUCAGCCAUUGUUUUGGAUAUCAAAGUGGCUGGAUUACAGCGACAAAUACGGUUUUGGCUAUCAAUUAUGCGACGAGGGCAUAGGUGUUAUGUUCAAUGAUGCAACCAAGCUAAUUCUAUUGCCGAAUGAUAUUAAUGUCCACUUUAUCGAUAAGGAUGGCGAAGAAACUUAUAUGACCAAGACAGACUACUGCAAAUCUUUGGAAAAGAAAAUGAAAUUGUUGUCUUACUUUAAAUGUUACAUGACAAAACAUUUAGCGGAGGCCGGAGCAAAUAAUGUUAAUCUUGAAACUGAUCAAAUUUCGCGUAUGCCACAUUUACACUCAUGGUUUCGUACCACUUGUGCGGUAGUCAUGCAUUUAACUAAUGGCACAGUACAGUUAAACUUUUCAGAUCAUAUGAAAAUUAUUUUAUGUCCACGUAUGAGUGCUGUCACUUACAUGGAUCAAAAAAAAAAUUUUCGUACAUAUCGGUUCUCAACCAUUAUACAACACGGCUGCUCUAAGGAUUUGUAUCAGAAAAUCCGCUACGCUCAGGAGAAACUAAAUAAAUGGUUGGAAAAGAUGUUUUUCUAAACAUAUUGGGAGUUCUUUCAACAAACCUCAGGUUCUAUGUUUUCAUUUCUUACUUUCGGCACAUUGAAAUCCUAUCGUUUACUUGUAUUCUAUAUUAUUCUCCACAUGCGAAAUGCGAAUCAAAUGAAAAC